CUCAAACUUUUCUUGGCGUCCACCACAAAGCACAGUGGGACGACGAGCAGCAACAAGCAAAGGAUGUUGGGUGCUGCAACUUUUAAAGCUACAUCUUGUCGAAGAGAAGAGGACAUCACCACUCUCCAGUGAAUGAGCGUCCCCAGAGUCUUUCCCACACUCAUUCCUCCUCCAGCAGGGUAGCUCUCGCACCAGACGAAUCUGCGUCAUGUUACACCAAAAUCCAACGUUGAAACAGGUUUAUGCCAUGAAAGACAACAGGAAAAUCGACCUGGUUCUUUCAACCAUCGCCACAAGUCGAGUUUUACCUGUUUCACAGCAUGGAGAAUCUCCCAAGGGAGAGUCUCCCGUCAUGAUGUCCUCCACGCAUUCUAGGAGGAUGAAGUAUAUGUUUCUGGGGGUUCUCGUGUUGCAGACCACCUCACUGGUGCUCAUCAUGCGCUACUCCCGCACUCUGACGGGAGAUGGCUCCCGCUACCUCACCUCGUCCGCCGUCGUGUCCGCUGAGGUCAUCAAGAUCAUCAUUUGCACCCUUCUGGUCUUGAUGGAAAAGAAUUUCAGUGUGCGGGCCAUGAACCAGCUCUUGACGGAGGAGAUUUUGAGUAAGCCUCUGGAGACCAUGAAGCUGGCCAUCCCUGCAGGGAUCUACACACUGCAGAACAAUCUACUCUAUGUUGCUUUAUCCAACCUGGACGCAACCACCUAUCAGGUCACGUACCAGUUGAAGAUUUUGACCACAGCGCUGUUCUCCGUCUCCAUGUUGGGCAAGAGGCUGGUUUCCAAUCAAUGGCUGUCCCUUCUCCUCCUCUUGGCUGGUGUUACUUUAGUGCAGUGGCCCACGGCAUCUGUCGGCGAUUCCGAAGAAAAAGUUCUCUCCGCCAGCUUCCAGUUUGUAGGUCUGAUGGCUGUGCUGACGGCAUGCAUUUUCAGUGGCUUUGCUGGAGUUUACUUUGAGAAAAUUCUCAAGGAGGCGAAACAGAGUUUGUGGGUUCGUAACGUACAACUGGGUUUGUUCGGGUUUGUGUUCAGUACACUCGGAAUGAUGGUGUAUGACGGCGAGCGAGUGGCACAGUCUGGAAUGUUUCAAGGCUACAACAAGAUCACUUGCACAGUGGUUGUCUUGCAGGCUUUGGGAGGCUUGGUGGUAGCUUUGGUCAUGAAAUAUGCCGACAACAUUCUGAAAGGGUUCGCCACCUCUCUGUCCAUCAUCGUGUCCAUGCUGAUCUCAUAUUUUCUGUUGGGAGACUUCAACCCGACCGGGAUGUUUUUCUCAGGGGCAGCAUUGGUUAUUGCAGCCACAUUUUUGUACGGCUAUGAGCACAAACCUGCCAGCGGCAGCGCUGAAAAAGUAUAAAGGAGAGAAGACCCACUGCCAGCAAAACGCAAACGGAGCAGGACUCUGUGGAUUGCGAUGAAGUGAAAAAAGAAAAAAACUGUUACUGACAAUCUGCAAUGACUCUGAACAGAUAUGCCCCUGCAUCACUGCAACUUUGCCCAAAGAAUGAAAAAAAAAAACAGUUGUUGCACAUCCAUACACACAUUGUGAAAUCAAGACAACGCUAUAAUGAAGUAAUGUGGUAGCCUAUAGAGACAACAGGACUUGCCUGGAUAUUUCAAUUUUAUCACAGAAUCUCGAAAAAUCUUGACUAAGCUUCAUUCCAGUGGAGGAAUGACAAAGAAAAAUACUUGUGAAAGAUCCAGGUGAAAAAAAGAGUUUUGAGACAAAAGCUAUCACAUAUUGCGGUGUUACUAAUUUCCAAAUGAAUGUUCUUGUGUUGGAACAAAUGAUUUCAAGAGCUCGUAAAGUGAAUUCAGAUAUUUAUUUCUCCACUGUAAAGAACUGCCGGCAUUUUUUUUUUUUGCAUGGCUAUCCAUCCAUCCAUUUUCUGAAAAAAAAAAGGGCCUCUUACCUGGAUGCCACAAUCUAGAGACCAGCUUGAUGUGUUUAAUUAAAUUAUAAGAGUGUGUUUGCGCCAUUGUCUACUGUUGUGGGAUGAAACCGAGCCAACUCCCGGACAAUCGUAGUGGCAUCCCUCAUUUGCAUUAAAAUCCGGGCAGUCAGCGUGCAUGCCGUUCUUGAGGGCUUGACAUUGCGGAAGCAGAAAUAGACUUGGGGUGGUCCGUGCAUGUCAUCUGGGCGUGCAAAGUGCGUUAAUACAGGUGAGCUGCAAGAUCUUCCCUUGCGGAUGAUGUCGUCGGUCACACAAUUGAACACCGCCUUUCACUCAUGACUGUGUGUCCUUGUGCUUCGACUUGGUGGACUAUAUAGGCAUAAGGAAAACGCUCGAUGCACGAACGUAUUUGAUCUGAGAGUUGAGAGAGUGGCUUGAUUUUGCACGAUUCUGAAGGCUCGUUCCAUUUACUUACUGCAUUUAUUUAUUUUUUUUUAUUGAUUAAAAUGUUACAGGCUUGCUGACAACA